AAAAACGCACCUGGCCGCUCUUAUGUUGUUGCUACCUUCUAUGCCCGGUUUGUCUCGACACUCUCCCUCGAAGGCAACCUUCGUGUGGCGCACACCACCCGUUUGAUCAAAUUCUUCAACAGGCCCUACGUUGUCUUCCUCAACUUAUUAGCUAGCUCUGGAGCGACGAGUCGCGGUCGCAAAUAGAACCUCAGACCACAGUUACUCGUCCGCGCUCAUUUUCGACUGAGCCCCAACUCACGUCCGGUUACCAUUUCAAUAGCAUCGUAUAACAGUUUCAAGCUCUAGCAUUUGAAGCCUAAAAAACAAUUCAUUUCUGACGAAGUUUACGUUUUGAGUCUUUGACUAUGCAACGCUUGACAUCAAGAAUUUUAAGGACUGCGGCUUCUUAUUCUACGUCAACAACUUUACUCAACCAUGCGUCAUCGAACUGUGUUAUCCCGAAACAGUUUUCCCGUGCCUUGUCUUUGCAACCAAAUCUCCGAAAACUGCAAGAAAGAGCCAUCCCGGGAGAUUUUGUGAAAUGGGGUUGUCUUGGUUUCUUUAGGACUUCUAGGUUUGCCACUGGGUUCGCGCCAUUACAGCCGAAGCCGUUAGACUCGAUUAUGGAUAUCGAGAGGGUCAAGGAUCGCUCGGCCGAGGACAUCGCCUCGAUUUGGGAUGAUUAUCACUUGGGAAGAGGCCAUAUUGGGGCAUCUAUGAAAGCAAAUCUUUAUUACUUGUUGGAGCAAAGAGCUGCAGAUUGCCAGUAUUUUGUCAUUCCUUUGUGGAGAGGAAGUGGCUAUACAACAAUGUUCGCUCAAGUGCAGAUGCCACACAUUAUUUUCACUGGCCUUGAAGAUUACAAGGCAAGAGGAACUCAAGCAACUCCCUACUUCACGGUUUCUUAUCACAAAGAAUUUGCUGAAAGCAAGGACUUGGUACUUGUCCGUGGUGAUGUUGUGUUCACAAGCAAGCUUAGUGACACAGAGGCAAAAUGGCUUCUGGAGACUGCCCAAUCCUUUUAUUUGAAUGAUAUGAGGUACAAGCUGGUCGAGCGCUUCAACAAAGAAACGCGAGAUUUUGAGUUCAAGGAUGUCUUGCAAGCAUUAGACAUGCCUACUAUGUGAUCAGCCAAAAGACAAACUUUGGCUAAUAAGAGGGUGAAAGAGAGAGGAUUUUAGACGGUAAAGGAAUUGGCAUGGUUUAUAUUGCAACGGGAACGUUGUCAGCAUGCAGUUCAUGUUAAAGAGCGGAGUGAAGGUACUGGUUUUUGAUGCAUUUGAUGCAGUUCCUUUUUCUACCAGUAGAAGUGCUGGUAUUUUGCUUUUCUAUUUUUCCAUACUGAGAAUAGUAACUGUUUUUUUAAGCAUUAUUGUACUCUUGUGAGUGAUUUUGUUUUCGUUUUUUC